GGUUCGUGUGUCGUCCAUCAUCAUACAACCCUCAUUUCAUUUUCUCACACUCUCUCUCUCUUCCUCUCUCUCUCUUUGAGAUUCUGUGUCUUGUCAAAGAUCAAAGAUCCUGAAAAUGCUGGCAGUGUUCGACAAAUCGGUAGCCAAGAGCCCCGAGGGCCUCCAAAGCCCUCAAUCCGACACCGUUUCGGCUCUGAAAGAUGGGUUUCUGGCCCAGCACUUCUCCUCUGUUCAUCCUGGUUCCGUCGUCGUCAAUCUUGGUUCUUCUGGUACUUUGGCCUACUCCCUUGAUAGACAAAACCCAAUUCUCCCAAGGCUGUUUGCGGUUGUGGACGAUAUUUUCUGCUUGUUCCAAGGCCACAUAGAGAAUGUUGCAAAUCUUAAGCAACAAUAUGGAUUGAACAAAGCAGCAAAUGAGGUGAUCAUUGUUAUUGAAGCUUAUAGAACCCUGAGGGAUCGGGGCCCAUAUCCUGCUGAUCAGGUUGUGAGAGAUAUCCAAGGGAAGUUCGCAUUUGUUCUCUAUGACAGUUCUACAAAAUCCACAUUUUUGGCUGCUGAUGCUGAUGCAGGUGUUCCAUUCUUCUGGGGAACAGAUUCUGAGGGCCAUCUUGUUCUUUCAGAUGAUGAAAACAUUGUGAAGAAGGGCUGUGGAAAAUCUUUUGCACCUUUCCCUAAAGGCUGCUUCUUCACAAGCUCGGGAGGCUUGAGGAGCUAUGAGCACCCCCUUAACGAGUUGAAGCCGGUGCCAAGGGUAGACAGUUCGGGUCAGGUGUGCGGUGCAAAUUUCAAGGUGGAUUCAGAGGCCCGCAAGGAAAGUGGUGGCAUGCCAAGAGUUGGAAGUGCAGCCAACUGGUCCUCAAACUACUGAGCUCAUAACAACUAGUACUGUAGGCAAGGCUCUUGUUAUUAUUAGGCCUUGCUUCUCUUCUACUCAUUGUUUUUUUCCGCUUUCAUCCCAUGAUAAUGAUUGCUGCUUCAAAUGGGUACUGAAAUUUUAAUUUUUGUAGACACGAAGACAUGACUUUGUUGAGCCAUACUACAUGUUUGCUUACUCUAAAACCUUGGCCAAGACCUGGUGGUGUAUAACAUUAAAUAAUAUUUACCUUGUGUAAAGGCUUUAUGACAUGUAGCAGACUGUUUCUCUCA